AUGCUCCGCGUGCAAACACGGCCGACGAGCGGGCGCCAGCCUCCUCACAAUGUCCGGGUCAUGGUGGGGCGUUUGCUGCAGGACCCGAUCCCUGAUUUUGACUUCGAAGCCGCCGAACACAUGCUGGACGUGCCUCCGAGUCUGCAGCUGCACCCCGUGCGGCGCGAAGACGACGACGACGACGUGACUGCGUUCGAAUUGGACGGGAGCACUACAAAAGACGCCAGGAAGAUGGCGGCAGGCACUGAAAACAAGGUCGUGGUCGUCGUGGAUAAGAGGCCGCGCGCACCAGCGAAUUUACAAGCGAACGCGUCUCGGAGCGGGUGGACGAGCGGAGGCGCGAGCGGGUGGAACUGGCGGGCGGGCAAACGGGCGGGUGAGCAGGCGAGGGCCCAGGGAUGGCCGACGAACGCGCACACAGGCGAGCGGGCAGGAGACCUCGCCGGGGGUAAGAAAGCGGGAAAACAGGCGGUCAAGCGGGCAGACGGGCGGGCGCACGAGCCGAGUGGACAUCUGGCAGGCGGGUGA